AGAAGAACCUUUCAUACCAGCAUCUUUCCUUUGUUGAUAUCUCUUUACGUUUCGAAUUUCUCUGCCAGUAUAGCCGCCCAAUGCUGGUGGUACUUUGUCUACGGGCCGGCCCAAGAACAGAGCAAUCCCACCCAUUGCUUCUCUCCCGGAUCUCUCAUCCUGUUGCCAGACGUUUAUUGUCACAAAACAUCAGAUUUCCAACUUGUUUCGAUCCAGUUCCAAGCCGUCGUCCAUUGUAUUUCUCCAGGAUAAUCAACGCGUUCGACCAUGGCUUCAGUCUUUGAAGGAUUGAUGACUUCCCGACGUCGACCAUCACGGUCUCGAUCAGACGCUGGGAAGCCUUUGCAUGCUAGGUGGGGUGACAGUGCCAUCUCGGCCCCUCAUGACGGUGGAUGGGCUCAGCAGUAUGCCGACAAUGACUUCAACAAUCCAGUCUAUCAGGCCCAUGGCAGUCCCGACUCCCAGAAAACACUGGUCAACACUUCCCCCGAUCUGAGCAUCGACGGGUUGAAGAUGGAUUCCAUUGCCAUUGAAGAAAUCCGUCAACCAACGCCCCCAUUCGUUCAAAAGGAGCGAAACGCUAUCACGAUCACUAUCCCUUUACCAUGGUCUCGGAAGAAGGAACACCGUCGCUCAGCAUCGAACAAUGUCGUCCACUUCCAGGCCCCUCAACCUGAGAGAACCAUCACAGCUGAGGCGAGACCAGCUCUUACAUCCGUCUCAACCAACGUUGACGAAGUCAUUGUUGCAGAAGCCCGGCCAGCAUCAGAGGGACCUGGUGCGCAGUCUCCUGUUAUACACACAACGUCACCGGUCUAUGAUGAUGUUAGUACCUUCUUCACCAGAGCCGCUUUCCCAGAAAAAGGCUACGCAAUGAGUCGACUCCCACCUAUCCAGACUUCUGUGCCCCCAAACAAGAGCCAGCCAGCCUCGGCCAUCUCCGUCCUCAGUCCUGUUGCAGAGAAGUAUAAUGGUCUUUCGGAGAGCAAUAAUGCCACUCCGAUGGACAAUACCCCGAUCGCCAAACAUAUCGAUGCGGCAAUACCGGCUCCUGCGAACAACGAAGAGGUGAUUAACGUGGCGGGGCAUACCUUUACUCUUGCCAGCAGCUCACGUUCCGCUACUCCUGCCUCUCUUCCACCCUCCAGAGUCAACAGUCCUAUCGAGGUUUCUGGCACGGACAUUCCACGGACUUCUUCUCGAGGUACAACUAGAGACCCUCCUCGCUCAGCUUCUCGUGGUCCAAGUCUUGCUGAUGUCGCGUACAUGAGAACGGCAUCUCGUGGAUCACCGGAGCAAACUGUCAGGGAAGGUCGUGGCACGUCAGAACGCAGAUCAGCUUCGCAAGAGCCGGUUUCUCGUCGAGUGGCACUCGGAGAGACAUCCCACAGGAGAGCAUUGUCCCGCGAACCUGGUCUUCGGACCAGUUCACCCACUCGUCGGCGGGCUUUGUCUCGCGAGCCAGAGCCACGGCGUUCCUUGUCAAGAGAACCAGAUGUUCGGUUGGUCGACACAUCAGAUCUCCUAAGCCGACGUGCCCGUUCUAGAGAACCGACUAUGCGUCGCGCCGUUUCUCCCAACCCAAGUGCAAUGCGUGCACAAUCACGAGGACCCAUUUCUCAGGAAGUUGGCACUCCAGUUGCGUCCAACAGGCGAGCAUUGAAUAGCGACUCGGUCGUCGAGGGCUCCAAGACCCUCGACCGAAGUCCAACCCAAGCACAUAUUCGUGGACCUUCCAGUCGACGUGGCCUGUCACCCGUACGCACGGCCCGCCGAGCAGCCUCACGCGAACCCUUCAGUCGUCGUCGCAUCUCUGGUGAAUUUUCCCGACGGGCCGCAUCUCAAGAGCCGGUCAGACGACGUGCAAGUCCCAGAGAAGACUUUACUUUCCCGUGGGCUGCCCGUGAGAAAGCAGCAGCAGCAAAGAGCUCCCCCGGAAGCAACAACGAUCCAUCCCCGACAGAUUCGACUUACACCACUACUGACGUCGACGAUGGAACCUCUGCGGAUGAGACCACAGACAUAGAGACCGAGACGGACGAGGUUUAUUUCGAGUCCCGAAAGGGAUGGAACGGCCGCGCCGGAGCUGCCCCCGCCGGUCAAGGAUUCUACGCCGGCGUGUUGCAGGAUUACAAGGCCAUCGGUAGGGACGUGGAGGCGGAACAAGCUCAGAGCGAGCCGAACGGCGUCAAGGAGAGUAUCGUCAACUUGGUGACGACGACCGUCAAGAAAUCCGAAAACAAGUACCAUCAAGUCUCGACACCACCGGAGCAGCAAAGGCCCAACAACAAGUACGGAGGUCCUGAUCUUGUUCCGUCACAGGAGGAAUUGUGGGGUUGA